AUGGCCGGUGGUCUGGGAGUUGGAUAUGGAGGAGGCUAUGGACUGGGCUAUGGAGGCGGCUUAGGCUACGGCGGAGGUCUUGGAGCUGGAGGAGUUGGCGUGGGAAGUAGCGUGACCUUGCUGAGAGGAGGUCCAGGAUUCUCCAAGGCCGUGGCUGGACCAGCGUUCCUGAUCAGGACGGUGCACCAUGUGAAUAAGGUGCACGGCGGAGGUGCCAUCGUGGCUCACAGUGGUCUCGGAGGCGUCGGCGGAGGGCUCGGCUUCGGUGGUGGAUAUGGCGGUGGAUACGGCGGUGGCCUUGGAUAUGGAGGUGGACUAGGAUACGGUGGUGGUCUUAAGUACGGCGGGUACGGCCUCAAGGGCUAG